AUGGCUAAUUCGGCUUCCCAAGAGGAAAAAGCUAAAGUUGGCAAAGGUAAAAGGAAUUUACUGAAGAAUGAGUUGUCAUAUCUUAUGCAGUCUAUGAGCCCUCUUGUCUCUUCCAAAAGGCAUGUUGAGAGAUUGUUAGUUAUUGCCAUGCAGGGAGCGUUUUUCAAAUUUUACUUUGUGCUUUACUUGCUGUCCCCCAAGCUUGCACACAGAGUUGUUGGUUAUAUGGAAGAGGAGGCUAUAUACUCAUAUACUUUAUAUCUUAAUGAUAUUGAUCGUGGUGAAAUUGAAAAUGUCCCUACUCCUGCGAUAAUAAUUGACUACUGGAGAUUGCCUAAGGGUACGAUUCAAAAGGAUGUUAUUACUGUCAUCUGUGCUGAUGAAGCUCAUCAUAGAGACGUUAACCAUUUUGCAUCUCCAUGGGAGAUAUAUCAAGCAUGA